AUGUGGGCCGGAGUCUCCAUGCCCUUUCUUGAUAAUACAUUCUCGCCCUCUCCUGCUCCUUCUCAAUCCCAGACACAGUCACGGCCCUCGACCUCUCAAUGGUAUCAUGACCAGAUUGUGAGGGAGCUACCUUUCAUGUCAGCUGCUUCAAGAAGUCGAUCAGGGAGUCCUUCACGUAAUCGCAGCAACACUGGCACCCACAGUCCAAAACACUUGUCUGUGCUAGGCCUUCGCGCUCGAAGCGACACUGGCAAUUCUUCCAACUUGUCCCCUGUCCCGUCAAUGACAUCGUCAGCCGAACUGUCUUCGAAACGAUCAUCUUACGACGGUAGCAAGGGUGCCUUCGAUUUCGUUCUUCCGCUUGAAAAGGAAGAGAGCUUGAGCAAAUCAUUCUUCUCCCGUGGUAAUCGGAUUCUCAGACGUCAGGGAAGUAAAUUUAACCUCUCAGAUACCCUCAUCUUGGACGAAGAGGAAGAGAUGUCGAGCGAUCAGGUUUGGUAUGGUGAGAAGAAGACGAAGCGAGACAAACCCGCUGUUCUGCGUCGUAUCAACCGGCAGAGAGAUAGUAUCAGCCAUGCCCAACUUAAAAGCAGGAUCUCAGAGCCCUUCCACUUUCAACACAUCACUCACACCAGCCGUGGGCAAUUACCACCCAUCGAGCACACCCACCCACACGAUCUUGCUACCGAAUUUUCAAUCAUCCGCGCCUCUCAACGGCCCAACUCUGAACUCAAGGGCAUACAUGCUCAGAACUUGUCGUAUCGACCUUAUACCGCUGAAGAGGAAGCAGACUGGAGCCUCGAUACUCUCGCCCCUGAUGCUCCCUCUCUCUUUACCCGCAGCCCUCCAGGAUCACCACAGGUGGCGACCCCAUCCUCGCCAGAGGCCCGGCUGCUCAGGAGAUCACCUCAUUCGGUCGAAAACUUCUCUCGACCUGUUUCCAGAAUCGUACGACGGCCAUUCUCGUCUACUGUGGUGCCCCCGCCUAGGAGAUCGUCAAGGAUGCCUGCGAGUCCCGAAUCUGUUCGCUGUGGAAUUGACCCUGCUGAAGAGCUCGCGGGACUGAAUGGCCUCUCCUUAUCUCCAGUGGAGGAUAAGCCGGUCAAUGGCGCCGUUGGAUAUGCUGUGUCGCCCAUGGAGCCAAGGCCUGUCGCAGAACCGAUUGAAGAAAUCGGACGUGCAUUUAGCCCCAGCGAGAAUAGCACAUCAUUCACUAAUCUCUCCUCACUGGUCCAGCUAGAUGGCGUCCCCGAACAGGACGAAACCUCUCCAUUGGCUCACAGCCAUGUCAUAUCUUUCGAUCCAACUCCAUACAAUACUUAUCUGGAACCUGAAGUUGUCGAGGCCCCAGCAGAGAUGAAGAAACCAUCACUAUUCCUGAGUCCACUCGAGGAAACUCGCUUUGAGUGUGAAGAUAUGCACUCUCCCAUCAUCCCAUCGAAUCAACCAAGCAAGUCGACGCUACCAGCCGGUCCCAAAUCACCUGCUGAAGCAGUUGGCAUGCAUGCUUCAAACUCCUCUUGGGAGGCCGACAUCGACUAUUGCUACGAGCAUGCCGCCGAAUCAAAUUCGAAUUUCGACUGGCACCGAAGUUCCUCUGAAGAGCAUCGAGACCACAAAUAUUUGGCCCAUGGCAAAAGCGAAACCUCGGCUUGUUUCAAGGUCAACUCUGGCUCGUUUUACCUUCACCCCUUGGACACAACCACCUCAGGUCGGACCACGCCAGAGCUCCAACCCUCAUCAGGAAUAUCCACUUCGACCAGAACUGAGAGCGAUGUUGCCAGCCCAGCCGUCUUCAACCAUUCAUUUGGAGUUUUCCCCACCACCACGGACUCUCUUGAUAAACUGCCCAGAACAAACGAAAUCCAAGUUUUGGAAACCCAUUUUGAGGAUGUAUCACAUGACUCUGUCUAUUCUCACGUGAUCCAUGAAGACGACGAAUAUCACGUGGACGAGCCCGUCUACAUCCGAAGUGGUUCCUCUCCUCUCAGCAAGUGCAACUCCCAGGAGAGUAUGAUGCUGUUCCGCGCUGCCUCGAUUGUGCGGAAACAUCGUUCUUCCACUUCCACCAACAGCGUUCCUGACCUUAUCCAUAGCCCCAACUGCAGUCGUGAGAUGGUGGAUCGCGAGAUACCAACCAGCCCCCUGGCCGAUAGACCAGUGAUGCCACGUCCUCCUGUAUCUCCUAUUUAUUCGCGGCCCCUUCCACUCGGCCGCGAAGGAGUUCCCAGAAUGCCGUUUGCCUCUGUCUCUGCCAUCGAGCCUACCUCCAUCCCAUCCAUUUCAAUGCAUGACCGCUCCAAGUCUGCAUCCGUUCUCGAGUCUGGCGAUUGUACAAUCGUCAGGAGCAACAACACGGCUCGAAAGCGUUCUUCAACUUUAUCCCGCGGAGUUCGUAAGAACCGUCCUUCAUACUCGCUAUUCCCAGUUACUGGAGCACCAUCUCCAAGGGUUAGCUGA